UAAAACACACUGUACUGGUCUCCUCCACUCCCCCGAUAGACUCCAAUAGACCUCUGCGGCGGCUGUCACCCGGCUCUUCCUCACCACCGGCUGGAAUGAGAAAGCAGCGAUUAAGACGGCGAGAGAGGCGGAUGGUGCAGGAAGACAGCUACCAGCUUUCUCCCGGCGAAGAGCGAUGCCUACAGCUUCUUCUCCUUCCUUGAAGAAAGAAUUGUCCCCACCCAACCACAAAACCCCUUGCUCCCUCCCCCCGAUUCCUGCCCCUCUUUCGUUUUGUCAGAAACUAAUUCUCUUUAUCCUCAUUGAUUGUGUUUUCCAUGAAUCUUUGAUGGUGAAAAAUGCCUUAACUCAAUUUGACAAUUCCAAUUCACAAGGAUUAGGUUUAAAAGUGGAAGUUGGAUGCAACAGCCGAGAGGAGAUUGGUAAUUUGGGGGGUGGGGGAUUCUUUGUCGACGGAGAGGGAGGGAGCUACGAACGUCGCCCUCUGCUCCAGUUGUUGAUGCGGUAAUCGUCGCCGGCGAGGAAGAGUUGUGUGCAGCCGCCGCUUAGGGUGCGCCGAUGGGGGGAGUUUCAACGGAGUUGGGGAAUGAGGCAGACGAAAGGAUGGAGAGUCGGCUUGGAGGCGACUGUUUAGGGCGUGUUUUAAUUUUUUUCCAGGAAUUUGUGUUUUAAUUUUAAAUUGGGUUGUCAUAAAAAAAUUAUAAUGAAUUAAGAUUAAGUUA